UGCCUCGACCCCUUUGGCAGACAGACGCACCCACACAGCUACCGUUCCAGCCAGGGUCGUUCAUCCUUCGUCAGAUUCUCCCACUCUGAAGAUGUCCCAACCUACUCCAGCUGAUGAAGGCACGACGUUCGAACAUCUUUGGAGUACCCUGGAACCUGAUAGUACCUAUUUUGAUCUCCCCCAGUCUGGUCAUUCUGGGGGCAGCGAAGUUUCCAACCGCACAGAAAUCACCAUGGAUGUCCUCCAGAUGAGAAGCAUGAAUGAUUCGGUGAUGUCCCAGUUCAAUUUGCUGAAUAACAGUAUGGAUCGGAGCACUGACAGCCGAGCCGCCUCCUCCAGCCCCUAUAGCUCGGAGCACGCCUCCAACGUCCCGACGCUCUCGCCCUAUUCUCAGCCCAGCUCCACCUUUGACACCAUGUCCCCAGCGCCUGUCAUCCCGUCCAACACCGACUACCCUGGCCCGCACCACUUCGAAGUGACCUUCCAGCAGUCCAGCACUGCCAAGUCGGCCACCUGGACGUAUUCCCCGCUGCUGAAGAAGCUCUAUUGUCAGAUUGCAAAGACGUGCCCAAUCCAGAUCAAAGUCUCAACGCCGCCGCCUCCGGGUACCGUCAUCCGGGCCAUGCCCGUCUACAAAAAGGCAGAGCAUGUGACCGAGGUGGUGAAACGGUGCCCAAACCAUGAACUUGGGCGUGAUUUCAAUGAUGGUUUAUCGGCUCCGGCCAGCCACUUAAUACGCGUGGAAGGCAACAACCUCUCUCAGUACGUGGACGAUCCUGUCACCGGGAGGCAGAGUGUGAUGGUUCCUUACGAACCUCCCCAGGUGGGUACUGAAUUUACAACCAUCCUCUACAACUUCAUGUGCAACAGCAGUUGCGUAGGUGGGAUGAACAGGCGGCCCAUCCUCAUCAUCAUCACCCUGGAGACCAGAGACGGGCAGGUUCUGGGACGAAGGUCCUUUGAAGGCCGGAUUUGCGCUUGCCCCGGCAGAGAUAGAAAAGCAGAUGAGGACCACUUUCGAGAGCAACAAGCCCUGAAUGAAAACGCAGCUAAGAACGGAAACCUGAACAAGCGGACUUUCAAGCAGAGUCCUCAAGGGAUUCCGGCACUAGGAGCUGGCAUUAAGAAACGGAGGCAUGGAGAAGAAGAAACAUAUUACGUGCCGGUUCAUGGCCGAGAGAACUUCGAGAUCCUGAUGAAGAUCAAGGAGAGCCUGGAGUUGGUCGAACUCGUUCCUCAACAGCUGGUGGACUCGUAUCGUCAGCAGCAACAGCAGCUUUUACAGCGCCAGACUCACGUUCAGCCCCCUUCCUCCUACGGCCCCGUUCUGUCCCCCAUGAACAAGCUCCACGCAGGCGGGAUCAACAAACUGCCAUCUGUGAACCAGCUGGUGGGGCAGCCGCCUCAGCAUGGCUCCAAUGUGGGACCAAAUCUUGGAUCUAUGGGAUCUGGAAUGCUGAACAGUCACCCCAUGCAGCCGAACGGAGAAAUGAAUGGAGGGCAUCCUUCCCAGUCGAUGGUCUGCACGCCCCCUCCGCCCUACAACCCAGAUCCGAGCCUUGUCAGUUUUUUAACAGGUCUGGGGUGCUCAAACUGCAUUGACUAUUUCACUUCACAAGGGUUGCAGACUCUUUACCACCUGCAGAACUUGACCAUAGAGGAUCUCGGGGCACUGAAAAUCCCAGAACAAUACCGGAUGAUCAUCUGGAGGGGCCUCCAGGAACUGAAACAGGGUCAUGACUACGGAGCCCAGCAACUGAUCCGCUCUAGCAGCAACGCCUCCACCAUCUCCAUCGGCACGUCCGGGGAGCUGCAACGGCAGCGCGUCAUGGAAGCCGUGCAUUUCCGUGUGCGCCACACGAUCACCAUCCCGAACCGCAGCGGAGCUGAUGAAUGGGCGGACUUUGGCUUCGACCUACCGGAUUGCAAAUCCCGCAAACAGUCCAUCAAAGAGGAGUUCACAGAGGGAGAGAUCAACUGAUGGGUCUCCUGGAGCACUGGGGAGCCACCAAACGAGGACAAAAAGUUAAGAGGAUCGGAAAGGUGCUUGGAAUAAAAAGCUGGGAGGGAACCGCAGAAAGUAUUUUUUUCAGGGCUCAAGCGGUGGAAUGACACUGUUGCGCCGAGGAAGUCCAUUUUCUAGGUAUCUUCCUGGGCAAAGCGGGUCUUCUUCUUUUCAUGCCAUCAAAACUCCAAAUGGAGAAAAAAGCAUCAGCUACUGGCCGGAAGUGUUCAACAGCGAAAACGGAGCGGGUUUAAAACUGACCGAAUGUUCAGCAAAACACCCAUGCCAAAUUCACACUGCAGUGUGAAGGGCUCGUUUGUUUCAUUGGUUGUGGUAGGCCCACAUUCUUCCUUUCCCCUCUUCCAAGUAAUUCAAGAUGGCUGAAUCCUUAAGCUUCAUUCUUUGGCGAAAGUGGAUCUGACCCUUUCUGGUCGCCCUCAACGGGAGUCACCUCCACAGCCAAACGGUACCAAAACAACUUGAACGACUUCUCUUCCAAAUGGACUGCCAAAAAAGUGUUUGUUUCCUUCCGAGCUUUGCAGAACGGCAAAGCAGCUCCUAAGAUAUGACAGCUCAUAACAACUUUCAUAUUAGCUAGAUGGAAAGAUUGUGCUGCAAAGGGGCUCACCGGACCUGUUGUAUAUACGAUAUAUUCAUCAUGUUGUCGUAAAGUUUUGUUUGCCAUGUCAGCUAUUAUAAAAAAAUCAAUCUGAUAGGAUGAGGCAGGGAUUUCCUUAUUUUCUCUUUGCAUACUAAAAGAUACAUUUUCUUUGGUCAAGUUUGGUCAGCAUCUCACUUCUCACAUGCUAAACGUAAAGAUUAUUUUGGCCUUUUGAACUGAUCCUUCAGAGAAAUGUCAUAGAGCCAUCGUUUGGAAUUGACUCGAACGAGAAUUAAUGGUGAAAUUCUAUAAUUAUACUCCCCUUCACACACCUACGCAUGUACAUGAGAAAGGGGGAACCACACAAACCUGAUUAUAAGUGGAUGCUAAUUGUUUCUCACUUGUUAGCCCCAUAGAGCAGUAGGAUUUCUUAGUUUUCAAGACCACUUCAUGCAGAAGAGUGAAUUUCAACAGAGCAGGGGGACUGGGAAGUCCAAAUGGCCCUGGAACAAACCUACCUGAACAGCCCCCGCAAGCCAGAGAUCCAGGGGCUGCUGAAUUCACGCCCCUUCUGCACAUGCAGAAUAAUGCACUUUCAAUCCACUUUCACUUUUUGCUAUUCCACACAGCUGCAAAGUGCAUUGAAAGUGGAUGGAAAGUGCAUUGUUCUUCAUGUGCGG